GGAUCCGGUGCGAAUGAGAUGAACUUGACAGGUGUAAACGCGGACUGAAAAUGUUUACAGUCAUCGCGCACUGAUGAAUGAAUAAUAUACAAAGGAUUCAAGAAAUAUUUCAAGAUUGAAAAACGGACAGAAUAACCAUAUAUAAAAACUUACCUGCUUCUUUGAAAAACGAUGGAUUCAACAGAGUCUACCAAAGGGAAGGAGAGUGUUCAGAAAAGAUCUCCUCUGGAUCUGAUAAUGAACCAACUCCGAAGGAAAGCCUCUUUCACGGAAAGGAAGAAACCGGCUGUGGGCCGCCUCUUCCGCCCAUCAGAGAGCAGUGACAAGAGAAACGUAGGCAUCCCCGAAGUGAAAGAAUCAGAGGCCGGUGAGGGAAAGGAAAAAAAUGAGCCUGGGAAAGAGAUCAAUGACACAGAUGAUGAGGCUGGCUCUGUUGUGGGCUGGGGUCGGGUGAAGCAGUUCGCUCAGAAGCUUGGGAAAACCCCUCACAGUCAGAAUCUGAGCCUGAGCCACUGUGAUCUUACAGCUACAGAUGUGGUGGAACUAGCCACCUUACUGCCAUUUCUGGCUCAGCUGGAGGUGAUGGACCUGUCCUGGAAUGAUUUGGUUGGAGGCUCCCUGAAGGCACUUACUGCACAUCUGCAUCAUGUAGGAAAACUGAGAGUGCUGAAGCUGUGUAGCUGCAGAUUAACAAAUCAAGACCUCACUUCUCUUGGUGAAGCUCUUGACUCCAUUCCUCUAAUAGAGGUGCUAGAUUUGUCCUGGAACGUUGGUGUGGGUGGAGGACAUUUCAGACACUUCACAGAACACCUCCAACCUGAAAGCACACUGAAAGAACUCCGUCUGGUGGACUGUCAGCUCUCUGAGACAGACAUUACAGCUCUGAGUGAGGCUCUUCCCAUGUUGUCUAGUUUGGAGGAGUUAGAUCUGUCCAAUAAUAAGCUGUCAAUCAAAGGAGUGGAGAACUUCACCUCCUCUCUAGGCUCAACUCCACAACUGAAGACCCUAAAUCUGAGCAAGUGUGGACUCAGUAAAGACAGCAUCAGUGUUCUCGGACAGGCACUCGGGUCCGUCCCUGCGCUAGAGCACAUCAAUCUGUCAUGUAAUAAGGAAGCAGGUGGAGGUCUCACCAUGCUGUCCACUAACCUAGCUCUCCUCACACACCUGAGGAGUUUGGACAUGCAUCUGUGCUGUCUAACAAAGGAGGAUGUGUUAGCUUUAGUCCAGGUAGCUUCAUCUCUCAAAGAGCUCAGGGAGCUGGAUUUGUCAUCCAAUAAAAGUGUUGGCGAGACACUCCAGAAUCUUCUGCAAACCCUCCCUCUUUCUCAGAUAACCAAACUUCCAUUAAACAACUGUGCUUUGAGCACACAUGCAUGCCAUGCUCUUGGUACUGCAAUGCAGAUGCUAAAACAGCUUGAAAGUUUGAACUUGUCAUGGAACAAGUGUGUGGGGGAAAAUCUGAAGCAAUUUCUGGAGCCUUUGUCGCCUGAUUUCAAACUACAGGAACUCAGACUGAGCAGCUGUAAUUUAACCACUGAAGAUGUGCUACAGCUAGAAUCCGCUUGCCAGCGUGGAGUUCUGUCCCAUCUAAAACAGCUGGAUUUGUCUUAUAAUGGCAGUGUUGGGGAUGGUGGUUGGAUGGCUCUUUUUGGAAAGGCUGCUGCUCUAAAGGGACUGGAGGAGCUGGAUGUCAGUCUGCGACCUUCUGCGUCUCUCUCUGUGUCUCCCUGGCUGCCCGCCUUGUUGGAGGCCCUUCCGCAUCUCUCGUCCCUCACCCGUCUGUCUCUGCAGCACUGGGCUCUGAGUUCAGCUGAGAGAGAGAAGCUGGAAAAAAUACUUUGCAAGAAGAAUGUCAUCCUGGAGUGUGACAAGCUGGCCACGGCCAGGCCGAAGGCAGCAGGUUAAUGAGAAGCAUUUCAUCCACUUCGAAAGUUACUGAAGCUUCAAAGAUGUUACUGACAAUGUGUUGAUUGAAAAGCAUUCGACUAAUACGUACUUUCCUUUGACCCAUUUUCUUUUUUUAAACAUGUUUUUAUUUUAUUUUAUAUCACACAACUGAUCAUAGAAAAAGAAGAUGUUUUAUUAUCAAUUUUUAUUAUCAAAAGUUACUUAGAUCUGCAUGAAGAUUCAUACAUUUUCAUUUGUUGGUUGAAUAUACCUUCAAGUGUUGAUUGUUUGCAAUACAGUAGAGAUUAUUCUUGUUGGACAAGUAUUUGGAUUUACACUUUAUUUUAUUCAUUUGCUUCUUUUACAUAAAACAUUUACAUAAAACAAAAAGAGUGUUUUUGACUGAACUUGCUAAAUCAAAAUCUCUCUGACUUUUAUCUGUCCCGUCAAAACUGUGAAAACAAUUUGCAUGUGACACCCAAUACAGCGAAGACUAAGUGUCAGAGCAAAUCGUUUACAUAAAUGACGUGUUUUUUGCAGACAUCAUGGCAGCCUGUGACAUUUCCAAACACUGGACACAUGGACAUAAAGGCUGUAAUCAAAAACACUAACUUUGUGAGUAAUUAUAAUAAAUACAAAUAUAACCAA